AUGCAGUCUGUGCAUUGUGUAGUAUGGGUUAACAGUCUACUGGUUCGUUUGCAUGCGAUUGCAGAAGCAUUGGCCAAAGGUCAGGGACCAAACUUCGAGUCCUACUGGUCUCGACGGCUAACAGUUCCAGGACGCAUUCAGUUCCCUUUAAACCGUGGUGCUUGUUUACUGAAAGAAAUUGAGAUUUGGUGGAGGAUUUCUAGUGAGUACAAAUCAUUCAAACUCUUAUCCAGCGAAAGUGGCUAA